AUGCGACUGCUAUACACUGCACGCGAUGGGAGGCUCAGCUGGACCGACGACUUGUUUGCCGAUCAGAUCCCCCCCUAUGCGAUCUUGUCACACACUUGGAACGGGCAAGAGGUGGCAUAUAAGGAUCUUCAGAGCCACAAAGAUAUAGGGGAGGUCGAUGCAAAGCUCAAGGGGGGUUACCGGAAGCUUUUCUUCUGCGCUGAGCAAGCUAAACGCGACGGUCUGAACCACUUCUGGGUGGACACCUGCUGCAUCGACAAAUCGAACAGCUCAGAGCUCCAAGAAGCGAUCAACUCUAUGUUUCGCUGGUACCAGAACGCGAAGAAGUGUUAUGUGUACCUUUCGGACGUCCACUCCAGCACCUUGGAUGGUGAUGGCGAAUUGGCUUUCGCUCAAAGCAGAUGGUUUACCCGAGGCUGGACCCUCCAGGAGCUUCUGGCUCCCCAAUCGGUUGAGUUCUUCUCUAGCGAUGGAGCACGACUAGGCGACAGGGAGUCGCUCAAACACAUCAUACACGAAAUCACACGAAUACCUGUUGAAGCUCUAUCAGGUAGUAAAUUGUCCGAAUUUAGUGUAGACGACCGUUUCUCUUGGACAGUAAAUCGCCUGACGACACGCGAAGAAGAUAGAGCAUACUGUCUACUGGGCAUAUUCGGCGUUUAUCUACCGCUAAUCUAUGGUGAAGGCGAAGAAAAUGCACUUGACCGGCUGAGAAAGGAGGUUAUGAGGAAUAACGAAGGCCUCAGCCAAGAAGAGAGGGUCUGCAGCUGGCUUUCGGCGCCUGACCCGUCCACUAACUACCACAAAGCGCACAAGCAGCGGCAGGUUGAAACUGGCCUCUGGCUGCUGGAUGGUUCAAAGUUCACAGAAUGGAAGGAGCGUGCAGCGUCGCGACUAUGGCUGUAUGGGAUCCCGGGAUGUGGAAAGACCAUCCUGAGCUCAACGAUCAUCGAGCAUCUGCUGCAGCACUGCCAUGAGAACGCUAGUAUGGUGACGGCAUACUUCUACUUCGACUUCAACGAUAGAUCGAAACAGGACCCAGAGCUGAUGCUUCGCUCGUUGCUCUGCCAGCUCCUGCAGUGUUCGUCUAAGAUCCCGAAGGGCGUUGACGCAUUGUUCUCGUCCUGUGAGAACGGACAACAACGGCCAUCAUUGCAGGCACUUCUGGAGGUCACACCGCAGGUGAUGCAACAGUUCACGCAUGCCUACAUCGUUCUCGAUGCGCUCGACGAAUGCACACAACGCCAAGAACUGAUGGACGUGCUUGAGACAGUGGCUGGGUGGCAGCUUAACAAUGUGCAUCUACUUAUGACCAGCCGGAAAGAGCGGGAUAUUGAGAGCUCUUUAGAGAGUUAUGUCAAGGAAGAGGACACCAUCUGUCUUCAGAGGGACGUAGUGGACAAGGACAUACAACGAUACGUUCAACAACGGCUGUCUGACGAUAAGACUUUGGCAAAAUGGAACAAAGACGCUGCUAUGAUGCAAGAGAUUGAGGCUGCAAUGAUGCAUGGAGCUCACGGGAUGUACGUGUGGUCACCCAGUCCUCCACUGAGCUUUAGCUAA